UUUCUCAUGCUGCAGGGCUUUAGUAGUGUAGCAGAUCAGUUGCUGAGUUUCCAUUCUCUUGUGUCAUGUCUAACAGGAGUCUGUGCCGGUAAAGUGUUGCAAUCACACAGAAUAUGUUUUUUCUUUGCACUCUUCUGUGAAUUGAAUGCAUGCGUCACUUUUAAUUUUACGCAGUUUGACAGAACCAGUGUGGCAACCAGACGGGAACAUCCCUCCAGUGGAAGCUAUAAAUACACCGGUGAAGGUCAUUCACCCAUUCAUUUCUUCCUGCAGCUCCUCAUGAAUGAAACUCUUCCACUGGCUAAGCUUGCAUAUUUAAAAAAAAAAUGGUCUCAGAACCAAACUUCACCGUGGUUUCAAACCUCACAACCCCUGCCCCUGGGGGUGGUGGAUGCCCGCCUGUCGGCAUCCAGCUGGAAGGCCUCAUCAUGCCUCCGGUCCUCAUCAUCGACGUUGUACUGGGGCUGAUAGGAAACGUGGUGGCGCUGUGGAUCUUCUGCUUCAAGAUGAAGGCCUGGAACCCCAACACCCUGUUCCUCUUCAACCUGGUUAUCGCCGACUUCUUUGCCCUGGUGAGUCUGCCGCUGAGGAUCGACGCCUUGCUCCGCGGCCACUGGGUGUUUGGCGAUGGCAUGUGCCGGAUAAACCUCUUCCUGAUGUUUUCCAACCGAUCAGCUAGCAUCGCACUCAUGACCGUGGUGGCAAUCUACCGCUACUUCAAGGUGGUCCACCCCCAUCAUCGCUUCAACCGCAUGACCAAGCGGCAGGCUGCAUUUGUCUCAGCAUUCGUCUGGCUGCUGGUGAUCAGUCCUAGGGUCCCCAUGCUGGCCUACAACCACAUCAAGGGCGCUGGCGAGAAGACCCAGUGCUUCUUCUUCACGUCCUACAAGGAGGCGUCCCGUGCCAUCAUCAUCCUGGUGGGCAUGCACCGCGCUUUGACGGUGCUGGAGUUCAUCGUCCCCAUGGCCAUGCUGCUGUUUUGUUCCAUCCGCAUCUCCAGCUUCCUGAGGCAGAGGCAGAUGGGAAAGCCGGACAAGGUGCGAAAGGCCAUGAGAAUGUGUGCUGCCAUCGUGGCUGUGUUCCUCGUGUGCUUCCUCCCCACCACGGUGACCACGAUCGGUGUAUGGGUCAUCCGCUCAUACCGGCCAUGGGACUGCGCCGCUUUCUACACUUUUACUCAGCUCACCAUCGUGUCUCUGGGCCUGAACUUCCUGAACUCGGCUCUGGACCCGAUCGUCUACGUCUUCUCGAGCUCAAUGUUCAGGAAGGCCCUGCUGGGAUUAGUGCCCUGCAGAAAAGGAGAAGGCCGGACCACAGAGUCCUCGUCGGGAACCCAAAGCACCACCCAGCAAGAACUAAAAUCCCUCAGGACUGACAGAGGCAGUGAGGUCAAUUAAUGAGCGGACCUCAGCCAAUAUUGGAGCUAGACUCAGUCUUUAAUUUCCUUUAUAUGUUUAAGACCUUUUAUUUCAUAUUUGUAAACCAUGGACUAAAUCCUAGCUUUUUGUAGGACACAUCUGUCUGUAAAUCUAAAGUUUAGCAUUUAAAGGCUCCUCUCCAAAUGCAGUUUGAUGGUGAAGUAGUAAUCUUUUUUCUGGCUGUUUCAUAGAUAACACACUCACAGGUGCUACCGGAGGGCGACUGUGGCUUGAUGAGUUGAGUAGUCGUUUUGCAGAAUGUUGUUGGUUUGAUUCCAGCUUCCCGUUGUCCCAUUAUAUUGGGAUAUGAAUGUGUG